AUACCGAACAAGUUUCAGACCUCGGUACACAGUUGCGUACAAGACAGUGACAGAGCUGGAAUGGAGAUGCUGUCCUGGGUACAAAGGGGAAGACUGCAGAGAAGGCCCGGCAGAAAAGCCAAACACCGCUCGUCGUCCCACAACACCAGCGAAAGCUGUUAUGAAGAAAGGUUUGGGUGCAGAACCAACAGAAGUGCCAGAACCUUCACCAUAUGAUAAGAAAAUACAGUUUCUUGAGGAUGAAUUGUUUAGACUUACACGAUCAGUGCUUGAACUUCAGUCCUCUGUGGCAGGCGUGAAUGAAAACCUAAAAUUGACUGUGCAAGAAGAUGCUAGUAGGAUGUUGGUCACUUGGCUGAACAACCUUUAUGACCGCCCGGAGCCUGAUAGUGCAGUUGGUGGCGAAACGGACACUAUUCACCUGCCUGGACUCCUCAGCAACAGAGAUCAAAAAGACCCUUUUAUUGAUUUUGAAAUGGAAGAUCUAAAGACUGAGCUAGCUGAGGUCAAAGAAGCCUUGAAGAUGAGGAAUGACAAGCUGGAGGAACUGAAUGGAAAAGUAAAAGGCUAUGAAGGACAAUUAAAACAACUGCAGGAGGCAGCACAAGGACCUACAAUAACAAUGCCCAGUGACAAUGUAUAUCAGGAGUAUAUAGACUCAAAAUUUGAGUCCCUCAGACAGGAAAUACUGGAAGGAUUUGAAAAGAAAAUGGCAGAUCUGAAGAAUUCCUGUGAAUACAAACUAGAGGAUAUCCAGCAGCAGUGUGAUGACAAUGACAGUAACUGUUUGGGAAUAAUUGAUGUUAUAAGAGGAAAAGAGAAUGACUUGAGGAAAGAAAUAAACACUCUUCGAACUCAGAUUCUAUCGAACAAGUCCAGUUGUUGCAAGGAGGGCGAGAUAAAUGACUUUGACCAACAGAUAAAAGAUUUAGAUAAGAAGAUUGACAGAGUUGCGGAAGCACACAGGAUCUUGAACGUCAGGAUAGAUAAUGAAAUCAGUCGAUUGUCAACUCCAGAUCUAGAAGACAUGUUUGGUGAGAGGCUGGAGGAGCUAGACGCGAGGAUGAAUGUUACAGAACGAAAUGCUGAAGAGCAUUGCUUUUACAUUGAGGAAACUCUCCGUGGUGCUAUAGCUGCUGAGGUAGAUGAAUUGAGAGACUCGUUUGACCAAAAGCUGCGGGCGCUAGAAGAUAGGCUAGGUGGCACUAUUUUAGAGAUUGCCAAUACCACCGACCCAGAUGGAAUGUAUAUUAGUCCUGGGCCGCUGUUGCCUAGUGAUGCAGGAUUUGCGAAUGAGCAAUUUACAGCAGAGAUGAAUUUCCUGAAGAACAAAGUACUGUCGCUUGAACACCUCUGUGGGCAGAAGUGUCAGUCUGCACCACAAGGUACGGAGGUCCUUCAGAAGGAGCUAGAAAAUUAUAACAACAAAUACAAUCACUUGCUUUUGAAAACAGAGGAUAACUCUGUUCUCCUGCAAUCUCUGAAUAGCUCUCUUAACGAGGAACUUGACUUAAUUAAGGGUAACCAACGUGACAUCCAGAAAAUGCACAGAGACGUACGCGUGCUCCGGUAUAGUCUAAAUGUCAUGGAUAAAGAUAUGAAAAACCUUCAAGAUGGCUUGAAUAGCUGCAAGGAGCAGCUUCUCGGUGUCAAUUCUACCUGUAGGAAAACACAACGUGGUGUCUUCCGAAAAAUCGAUCAAAUGCAGAGGACGUUUGCAAAUCAAACUGCUCACACCAGUGAUAAUUGCUGUGGUGAAGUGAAAGAAAGACUAGAACAACUGAAUGACCAUAUCCUGAAUGAUCUCAGCAAGUGCAAAGAAAAGACCCAACGUAUGCAGGAGGGUGUUUCGGAUGUUGAGAGCCGAGUCUCGCGUGUUGAAAAAGUCUGUGGCAAGCUGGACUCUGUCUCAGGUAACUUGCAGAAGAUAAAAGAAGGUCUGAAUAAGCACGUGAGCAGCUUAUGGAACUGCAUCCGUGAAAUGAAUGGAACUAUAGCAGCUCAUUCCACCGAUAUUUCUGGCCUCAAAGAUUCUGUCCAACAGUUUUCUAGUCAGGUCUCCAAAAUCACCACGGACAUGGAAGGCGUGCUGAAAUCUCGGUCUGACACAAGGCCAUCAGAAGUACCACGGCAGCUGCUGCCACCAAGACCACCCCCGCAGCCCCAACCUGGCAUUUCCCUGCUGCCAUCGAGGCCGAGGAUACAACCCCCGCGACAUAGGACCCCCCUCCAGCUACCGCAGCCGAGACCUCCUCCGCGUCCGGCGCUGCCAGGGUCGGGAGUUGUGCCGUUUCUGCCUGGAACAACCGGGAUCAUCCUGGAGACUGGAGAGGCAGGGCCUCCUGGCACGGUUUUGAUGUCAGGAAGAGGGCGGCUUAGGAGUGUGGAUGGUCAGGCUGGUCAAAGUACCAUGCCCAGAGCCGAAGGGUACGCUGGAGCGCCAGGGUAUCCAAAGUUAUCUCCUCCUGCCACAGACUCGCAAGGACCUGCUGCUGCUGCGGCCUCUCUGGUGUCGUUUUCUGCCGGGCUCACGCAGAAGCCUUUCUCCAGUGACGUCGGCGUGGUUCACUUCAACAAAGUGCUCGUGAAUGACGGCGACUACUAUAACCCCAACACAGGCAUUUUCACAUCGCCGUACGAAGGGCGCUACCUGAUCACCGCUGUGCUGGCCCCGGAGCGGGACGAGUACGUCGAAGCAGUGCUGUCCGUCUCCAACGCAAGCGUGGCUCAGCUCCACACAGCUGGGUACCGCAGGGAACUGCUGGAAUAUCACAAACCCUACUCAGGGAAACAGACCUGUGGUGGUCCUGGGACGUUCCACCUUGUUCUUCACCUCAAAGCAGGAGAUGAAGUAAACGUCGUUGUAACAGGAGGCAAACUGGCCUACACAGACUCUGACGAAAUGUACUCCACGUUUAGUGGAGUUCUCCUUUAUCCUUCUGUUUCUCAUGUUUAGGUUUACCUUGAACAGGAGAGAGGGGUAAGAUAUUCAGAAGAAAUUAAGUGUAAUAAAAUUCAAAGCUUUAAUAUAUUCAGUUUA